UGAUAAUACUAAAAAGGAGCCCAAAUAACAAACACUGCAAAAGAGAAAAAAAGAUGGAGAUAAUGCAAUCAUGGAGAUGUAGAUUAUCUUUCAAAAAUGCGACCAUAGCUUUGAAUAUUUUCAAUGUUAUAGUUGCUCUAUUCUUGCUUCAAUGGUUUCUUUCUUCUGCUUCUUCUCGUACCAGACCUUCCUCUAACCAACCUAAUUCAGUUGGCUUUGAUUACAUUAAGGAAGCUGAAGAGAUGCGCAUUGCUAUGCAACCUUUGGAACUGAUAAAAAGAGUUAAGGAGAUUCAGCGAGAGGCAUAUACCGGACCCGAAACAAUUCAACCGAAAGAUGCGAAACAGACCGCCGCAGUCGAUCUUUCCAAAAGACUACAAGACUUCCGUUCCCUAAAUGAUGCUUCUAGCUUGAAAGCUCUAGAGGAAUGGCGGAAAAGGAAGAUGGAACGAGCUAGACAAAGGGAGAUGGAGAAAAAUGGAACACUAGUUACCAAAGAAUAAAAAAACCCAAGCAAAUUGUAUCAUAUGAUUUCCGAAUCCGGUUUUCUCAAACGGCUAGUUACCUCGCAAACUUAAGCACCCUCCAUUUUGUGUAAA